UUACUUUUGCCUGAGUUCCGAGCGUGCUCAUCGAGCAUUUCUUUAUUUCACUCACAAUCCCGUUAUCGCCUAGAGGAAACAGCAGACCACCAAUGUUUGACGAGGGUCGAUUAUUCGAGCGGGUAUCUCGAGUGAAUGUGGAAUUUCUUUCUAGUGAUGCAGUCGGCGGCUACACUGAACGGCGGAUCUUAUCCAGCCGGCGGCACCGGAAGUCGGGCUCGUGAUUUAGGUCUUCGUGCCCAGAAAAAACUGCUCGGCCGAGUGGUAUCAACAGGGGCCGGAAGAUCGCUUCUGAUAGACGACGCCACCACGUCGCUUUUAGACAAUCUUUACAAACUCAUGGAACGGGCUGCUAAAGCUAACCCGAACUUGGACAAAAAGCAGCCUGAAAAGGUUUUGAAGAACAUCGUUAAGCUGUCCAUCAAGAUCGGUCUUCUGCAACGUAAUCAACAAUUGAACGCCGCCGAUGAUGCGAAACUCGCCGAAAUAAGGACCACUCUCCGAGCCGUGGCGAUGUCCGUGGUGUCGUUUUACGAGCUGGAGUUCAGUUUUGAUAGGGCGUAUUUAAUUAAAUCGUUGGAACGUUGCCGAACCGCGAUACAAACGCUCAUUAAACCACACCUCACGGAUAAAUCUCAGGACAGAUGCGACCAGGUGUUCGAUUUCUUGACGCAUUCCGACUUCCUCGACUCGGUUUUCAGGCAAGACUCCGAACUCAGACCUAUCCUGGGGAUGCUAGUCAGUGAUAUAAAUAAGGCCUUGGAUGCUGGGCAUCUUUGAUUCUUUUCAAAUGCGUUACUUCUACGUGAUCAACUGAAAGAAAGAAAGAAGGAUGAGGAAGGGAAGAGUAUAAAGUAAAGUUGACGUACUUGCUAAUGAUUAAGGAAAGAUGAUGAGGAGUUUCUUUCCACGUGUAGUACAGUUACUUAUAAUUAUCUGUAAAGAAAAAGUACCGAUAAUUAUUGUUUUCAAAUGGAAGAAGAGAAAUUUUAAGAUACCAACAAAUGCUCACCAAUUUAUGCAAUAAUUGUGAAAUACUCUAUUUAUUUUCAGAAUGUAUAUUGUACGAUCGGUGUAUAUUUAUUUACGAUACUCGUGUGUUAGGGUACCAAUUAUACCAAAAAAUGAAAAAGGAGAAAUGAGCUUAUUUAUGCCCUCAGGCCAAGGGCGUUUAUAGUAAUGGUGGUAAAAUAACAACUCAUUAGUUCCAACAGAAUGACGCGUGAAAGAAGCAAUUUAUUAUCGUUAAAAUCACGCUAAUAAUAGACACGUGCCCCGAAAAGAAGAUGCCUUUCAAAGGUUCCAUCUUCUGCUCGUCAAAGAGGUAUGGCCCUCUUCACGUGUCGGACGUGUAUACACGGGGCAAAAUUGACCUCCGUGUUUUUAUUCAAGCUGAGCCUCGGUACAUUGUCAAACACACAUAAUAAAACACAACAUAUCUAAUGUAGUCACGGCUAAGCCUGAAUUGAAAAACAUUCACAUCACAUGUUUUGUAUGGAUUAUACACAUUUUACACGUUCUUCGUGACGAUUCUAAAUGAAAAUAAAAAUAUUGUAUCAAUAUACCAUUAAUAAAUUAUUUAUAAGGAGACUAA